AUGCCAAAACUUGAUCACUUUUCCGUCAAGGUCGAUUUCCCCGUAUAUUGUGCUGGUUUUACUCCUGCGCAAGAAUUGCUUGUUGGUGGAGGUGGUGGCUAUGGAAGUACUGGCAUAAAAAAUAAGUUGGCUUUAUACAAGAUAAAAAUAUCUGAAAAGGCAAUUGAUCAAUUAUCCGAAUUAUUAUUAGACGAGGGUGAUGAUACACCAUCAAGCGCUGCUUUUCAUAAAACGGACAAUGUUGUAGCAUGUGGCAUAAACAGUUCAAAAGAAAAUAUUGAAAUAGGAAAAAACUAUAAUUGUCGAAUAUUUGAAUACUCUAGCAACAGAAUUGAACUUAAAAACAAGGUCCAGACUAUUACUAGCACUAAUUUGGAAGAUGACAUUCGUCAGCGAGUUUCUACCUUUAGUGAAGAUGGUAAAUUUUUGGCUGUAGGUAGUACAGAUGGAAAGUUGACCGUCUUGAAAUAUCCAUCUCUUCAAGUGGCUUUUCCAUCAGUGAGAUUUCAUCAACAAGAAUUAUAUGACGCAAACUUUAAUUCAAAUGGAAGUCAGGUAAUUUAA